CAUUUCGAAAUCAUCGUCAUCGAAAAGCAUCGCGUGAAAUAGAAUCACCAGUCGAUCGUCUCGCGUUAAGAGAACGGCUGUGAAGGGAAGAGGACGAAUCUUCCAGGGUUGUCUUCAUUUUAUAAUCCGUUGGAGCCUUCAUUCUGUUCGAUGAGGCGUCCAGUCAGGCCUUUCAUUCGUGGUGGAGACUCUCUGUGCAGCAGAUGUCACCUUGCACGCAUGAGCUCACCUGCUGUGCGUCCUCCUACAACGGAGCACUCUGGAACCGAGAUUGCUCCGGCGUCAUCUUCUGAGGUUGGCCUGCCAGCGGAUCAACUCGCGGACGACACCAGUCCUGACGAACAGGCGCACGCCAACAGACGAACUAGCAUCUAUCUGGCCAUAGCGGUGCUGGCCAUGCUGUUGGUCUCCUUCCUGUUGUCCCACUUGUCGAGAGCCUUCUCUUAUAGACAGCGUCUAGGCCAUACCAUCGUCAUCAACACCACGUGGGGACAGAUCACCGGAACCAUAGUGGACGGCUCCAUCGAGUUCCUCCAGAUUCCCUUCGCCCGUCCUCUGGUCAAGUCGGACCGGUUCAAAUGGGCCCUCCCGAACGGGGACAGCAACAACUCACGAACCGAAGGAGACCGAACCAUAUCCUGCAUGCAGAUGGUGGGUGAACCUUACGGCAAUGCGGUCGACCGCGAAGAAUCUCUUCAGGAGAACUGCUUGUACUUGUCCAUCUGGUGUCCAGCUGUUCAUGGCAACAUGUUGCCGUAUAAUAAAUCCGUGCUGUUCUAUCUUCACGGGGGAUUCUUCACCAUCGGCUCCAACGACAGACGUCUCGGACGGAAGCUAGCUGCUCAGGAAGGAAUCAUUGUUGUGGCGGCUAAUUACAGGCUGGACGUAUUUGGAUUCUUACGAACCGACAGCACUGAAGCGCCUGGCAACGUGGGCCUCCGGGACCAACUUCUGGCUCUGAACUUUGUGCGAAAGCACAUCGUGAAGUUUGGCGGCAACCCGCACAAUAUUACGCUGGCGGGACAUGACGCUGGAGCUGCCUCUCUGGGCUUCCAUCUGUUUCGCAGGGACAGUUUUUGGAACAACACAGCCAAGAGGAUUGUCCUUAUGGGAGGAUCUCCCAUCAACGGACUGAUGGAUUGCUCGGUGGUCGCAAUGCGGAAAUUCGCGCGCCUGGCAACCAUCACCUACUGCCGUAAGUCGGCCAGCGGGAUGUUGUUCCCCUCGCACGAGGUCCCUUGCCUGAGGGAGCUGGAAGCGAACGCUCUGCUGGAGACGCUUCGCGGGGGCUUCGAAGACCUUCCCGUCUUUCUACCCAUUUACGGCGACGACAUUCUCCCUGAUCACCCUGUUAAUUUGAUGAACAAGAACAGAUUCAGCGGAAAAGCUCUUCUCGUGGGGACGGUCUUCACCGACCCGUUUAAUGUUCACGAUUUGACCUGGAGCAUCCUCACGCACGUGGGCAAGAAUAGGACAGCGCUGCUUAAAAGAAUGCGCUACGAGGUCAACAACGUAACCACCAAGAGUUACCGCAAAGAGUGCCCCACUUGCUACGAAAGCAGCUGGAUAGAUCGCGUAGUUGCAGACUUAUAUCUGUUCUGCCCUUUGCAAUACUACGCCGAGGCUCUGUCCGAGUGGGGCAACAAAGUGUACGUGUAUCUCUUCAAGCACCAGCCAGACAGCGAGACAUACACGGGACAGCUACUGAACCUCGACGAAAGGUUCUUGUUCGGACUGGGUCCUAUGACGACUCAAGAGCAACAAUUUAGCGGAAAUAUCAGACGUAUCUGGGCUUCAUUUAUCAAGGAUGGCGUUAUGCCAGACGUGAACGGGCAGCCCUGGCCCGAAUUUUCCAACAGAAACCCUGUGGCCGUCGAGCUGACAAUAGACAAAGCGUCCGUCGUGCGCUCCUUCCGAUGGAAGCCAUGCAGUAACAUGAAGGCUGGUAUACUGGAAAGCCUCAAGCAUCAAGUCGCCACAUGCUCAACGACAGCUUGACACUUUGCCCUACAAUGUAUUUUUCUGAUCGUGUACGUCCGUAUGAAUAGUUCCAUUGUGGA